UGCAUACAGUAUUAAACUUAAUCUCCAAAAUUUUACAACAUGACUGGUCGCGGUAAGGGAGGAAAGGGAUUGGGAAAAGGAGGAGCAAAGCGGCACAGAAAGGUGUUGCGUGAUAACAUCCAGGGAAUAACGAAGCCGGCCAUUCGCCGUCUGGCUCGCCGUGGCGGAGUCAAACGUAUUUCCGGAUUAAUUUACGAAGAAACUCGCGGUGUGCUGAAGGUGUUUCUCGAAAACGUCAUCAGGGACGCUGUCACCUACACCGAACACGCCAAGAGGAAGACCGUUACUGCUAUGGACGUCGUCUACGCCCUGAAGCGUCAAGGCCGCACCCUGUACGGAUUCGGAGGUUAAAUGACCUAUUUUUGAACAGCAGCAGCAACAACACCAGCAGCGACAACAACAACAACAACAACAGCAACAACAAUCAAUCGGCCCUUUUCAGGGCCACCAAUGAAUUUAUGCAAUAGAUCGAAAUUGUCGCUACUCACGUCAAGUUAAUGCAUGCUUUAUUUCUGACAGUUAUGAUGGAGUUCGCACAUACGUACCAGCUUUCCCUUGCCUUGCAACUUGCAACAGCUGCUAAUGUAUAAGUCACUCCAAUCUUCUAUACGAAUAUGCCCUAUGAGCCACCAAACUUCUCGUACUAGCAUUCAUGUCAACCGAUAUAUUUCGAAGCGCUUAACACGAUGGCAUCAACAAAAUUAACUCUCAAAUCGCAGAUUUCUUAAGUAUUGUCCAUUUCGAGUCGUUUCAAUCGAUUUUUCAUCACAUUUAGCUAAAUAUUAUUUCCAAGGUGUUAUGCUAGAUUUUGAUGAACUCAACGCCAUUAUUGUUAGCCUAAUGUUUUUAUAACCCUCGAAUUUAAUGACAAAAUAUUUUAAUUUAUCAUAACAUGAUAUUCACGUUGUGUCGGUCAUAUGCGUACUUGUAUCCUGAGUUUUUCUAACGAGAUUUUUAGCACUUGCAUAUUCGUAAAUAGACUAACAAAGUCAUAUUCUAGCAUAUCAACUUCCCAAUACUAGAGGUCCAUGUACAAAAUAAAAAUUGAUUUGAUUCUUC